GCUCGGCUCGCGGCCGCGCCCGCCGCCGCCCGGCCCCGCGCCCAUGCAGGCCAUCAAGUGUGUGGUGGUCGGCGAUGGUGCCGUGGGGAAGACUUGCUUGCUGAUCAGCUACACGACCAACGCCUUCCCGGGAGAGUAUAUCCCCACAGUUUUCGACAACUACUCAGCCAACGUGAUGGUGGAUGGGAAGCCGGUCAACCUGGGUCUGUGGGACACUGCUGGCCAGGAAGACUACGAUAGACUUCGGCCACUCUCGUACCCUCAAACCGAUGUCUUUCUGAUCUGCUUCUCCCUGGUGAGCCCGGCCUCCUUUGAGAACGUCCGUGCCAAGUGGUACCCAGAGGUGCGGCACCACUGCCCCCACACACCCAUCCUUCUGGUGGGCACCAAGCUGGACCUCCGCGAUGACAAGGACACCAUUGAACGGCUGCGGGACAAGAAGCUGGCGCCCAUCACCUACCCACAAGGCCUGGCCAUGGCCCGAGAGAUCGGUUCUGUCAAAUACCUGGAGUGCUCAGCCCUGACCCAGAGAGGUCUGAAGACAGUGUUCGAUGAGGCCAUCCGGGCAGUACUCUGCCCGCCCCCAGUGAAAAAGCCAGGCAAAAAGUGCACUGUCUUCUAGAACCGGGUCUGGCCAGCCUGGCUGAAGAACCCUCGGGUCGAGCUGUCUGGUUUCCCUACGUCUGCUGUAGGAAGUGGUGUGGGUGGGGAGGGGGAGCAUGGGGACAAGGCUGGGGUGAUGGGGUCCUGUCCCCUAUGCCUCCUUUUUCUGGGAUAUAGCACCAGUCUUCCCUGGGUCCUAUGGGAGGCCAGGAGGGAGCAGGGUCUCCCUCAGGGCUGUAGGGGUGGGUCCAGGGGAGCCCCAGGAUGGGCUUCCCCGGAGGGGAGGGUGGGGGUGGGCUUUGUUCAUCAUGUCCCAGGAAAGGGCGGCCCCUUCUUAUUUUAUACAAUAAACAUUCACCACCUG